AUGUACAUGAAAUGUGGGUCGGUCGAAUCCGGUAGGAGAUUGUUCGAUGAAAUGCCUGUGAAGGGUUUGAUUACAUGGAACGCUGUGAUCUCUGGAUAUUCACAGAACGGAUUAGCUCACGAAGUUUUGGAGCUUUACGAGAAGAUGAAAUCGUCUGGUGUUUAUCCCGAUCCGGUUACGUUGGUUAGCGUUUUGUCUUCUUGUGCUCAUCUUGGAGCUCAGAGGAUCGGUCAAGAAGUGGAGAAGAUAGUAGAAGCCAACGGUUUUGUAUCGAAUGUGUUUGUGAGCAACGCGUUGAUCAGCAUGUAUGCGAGAUGCGGGAACUUGGCAAAGGCGCGUGGUGUUUUCGACGUCAUCCCUGUGAAAAGCUUGGUGUCGUGGACGGCGAUGAUAGGCUGCUACGGGAUGCAUGGAUUGGUGGAGACCGGGCUUGAGCUUUUCGAUGAUAUGAUUAGAAGCGGUGUGAGACCUGACGGGACGGUGUUUGUGAUGGUUCUAUCUGCGUGUAGCCAUUCAGGGAUGACAGAUAAAGGUUUGGAGCUGUUUGAUGCGAUGAAGAGAGUGUAUAAGCUUGAGCCUGGACCUGAACACUACUCUUGCGUUGUUGAUCUAUUGGGAAGAGCUGGUCGAGUAGGUGAAGCUAUGGAGUUUAUAGAAUCAAUGCCUGUUGAAGCGGAUGGUGCUGUUUGGGGAGCUUUGUUGGGUGCGUGUAAAAUCCAUAGGAAUGUGGGUGUUGCAGAGUUGGCUUUUAAAAAGGUGAUUGAGUUUGAGCCUAUGAAUGUUGGCUACUAUGUGUUGAUGUCGAAUAUAUAUACGGACUCGAGGAAUCAAGAAGGGAUCUGGAGAGUGAGAGUGAUGAUGAGGGAGAGAGGAUUCAGGAAAGAGCCUGGGUAUAGUUAUGUGGAACACGAGGGGAGAGUUCACUUGUUUUUGGCUGGCGAUAGAAGUCAUGAGCAAACAGAGGAAGUUUAUAGGAUGCUGGAUGAGUUGGAGAGUUCUGUGAUGGAGAUUACGGGAGACACGGACUGUGAUAGAGAUGGUGGAGAGGUUUUGAGCAGUAGGCGUGAGCAUAGCGAGAGGUUAGCAGUAGCGUUUGCGGUACUCAACAGUGUUCCAGGCACAGAGAUUCUUGUGAUAAAGAACUUGAGGGUUUGUGAAGACUGUCAUGUGUUUAUCAAGAUGGUUAGCAAGAUUGUAGAUCGCAGGUUUGUUGUGAGAGAUGCGUCGCGGUUCCACUAUUUUAAAGACGGUGUCUGCUCGUGCAAGGAUUACUGGUAA